UUUUGGGUUAUGUUGAUUGUGAUGGAGAUGGGAAGGGGGCGAUUGUGUGUGAAGAAAUAAAUAAUACAUAUAUUUAGCUUAAUAUUUUGAACUAUUUGAACGCUUCCUUCAUAAUUGGAAAUGUUCUCGAUUUCACUGUCAGGGAUUCAUUAAGUAUUACGAAAAAAUGGGAUCCGAAAGUGAUGAAGUUCAAAUCGAUGAUUCUGAUGAAUCUUUGGAUCUCAAAGAGAUUAAUGACCUGGAAUUUGAAAUACCUCAUGUUGCUCCUCCAUCUCUUGAAAGCAUACUUUGGGACAUGGAAUCUGAAGGUAGUGAUAGCACUUCAUUAUCAUCUCUUCAAAGUAUGACCAGUAAAUUCCGCUCUAUGCUGUACCACUGCAUAUUGAAAGGACUUUCAUCUCAAAUUACUUCUGCUGGGGAAAGAGUGGGUGCUGGUUCACCUACAUCAAUAACAAAUGGUGCAAAGUAUAUAGCAGUGGGCACCUCUCAUGGAUACAUUUUUGCUUUUGAUUGUGAACAGAGUUUAUGUUGGUAUUGUCAUGAUACAGCAACUUCUGAUCAGGGAGCUGUUUCUGCAUUAUUUUUCAACUUAGAAUCUACAAGACUACUUGUGGGGUAUGAAAGAGGAUUAAUUUCAAUGGUUGAUGCAGCUUCUGGUGAUGUUUUGAGAAGAAUGCCAGAUGCCCAUGCACCUCAAACAGCCGUACUCCAUUUGAGAUUCACCUUUUUGAACAACCUGGCACUUUGUGGAGAUUCUUCUGGGUGUGUGUUUUCACUAUCAUUCAACAGAAGACUUGGUAUGAGAACAUGGGAUUCAAAAUGUUUAUUUUCUGGUGCUCGUGGGGAAGUCUGCAUUUUUGAACCACUUGUGCGUGGGUAUGAUAUAAACUUCCUCAGUAGUAAUGUCUUGGUAGCAAUGGCUACAUUGUCCAAGGUUAUAGUAAUAUCAGUUCGUCCAAAACUGAAAGUUCUUUUUAGUCAACAAUUACCUAGAGUAUCUACAUCUCUCCCCUUGAUUUCCUGGCAAUUGGUUUCUGUCGGUAGGACUUUUCAACCAGUUUUGGCUUGGGGUAGAGGCCACGAAUUGAACUAUACCCGAGUGAUCACCCACGGUUUCAAUAACAAUCGAAUACGAUUAAUACCUCUCAGAGUGGUACAGCUUCCAUACACCAUGACUGCAUUACACUGGCUGGGGACUCGACAUCUGGCGAUACUGGAUACGAGUGAAAAUUUGAGAUUGGUCGAAGUUAGGAAUCAACGUGAACUUGAGGUUUUAGAAAUUGCCAGUGCUGGCUUGGUGUAUACGUCAGCACAUUUUAAGGCUCUUGCUGUUGGAGGAGGGGUCAGUGAAGCAUUUGCACUUGCAGGUGAACUGGCUUGCUAUAAUAGUUUGUCUAGUCGGGGAGACCAGCUGCUUAUACUGGGAACGAAUGCCGUUCAUAUGGUGAAGUUGCGGUCCUGGCCAGAAAGACUUCUAUACCUAAGCGAUCAAGGUCGCUGGGCGGAAGCAUUGAAUUUAGCUGCCGAAGAAGGUUCGAAUAAAGAAAGAUUCACGAUGGUAUUGCUGAAUAAGUAUUUGGAAAACUUGAAUCAGAAUAGCGUUGACAAAGAUAGUCUCACAGCUGCUGUUAACUGCUGUGUUAAGUUGAACAAAAUCGAUAUUUUGUGUAAUGAACUAUUAGAAGCCGUUUCGACUGAUCAAAAUAAUGAAGAAUGGUAUUAUAAUCUGUUAACAGAUUAUAUUUGUGGUGGAACUUUAUCGACUUUGAAUCCUUUCGUUGCUCAAAAUCUGGUGAAGUAUUUGGAGAGUAAAGAUCCACAAUCACUGGAGAAAGUUCUACUGACACUAGAUAUUGCUUGUUUGGAUUUGCAUCAGGUUCUGAAAAUAUGCCGAAACCUGAAGAUGUAUAAUGCCUGGAUACAUAUCACCACAAAAACUAUAAGGGAUUUUACCAGCCCUUUAUCAGAAUUUCUUUGCGAAUUGACACCAGACAAUCAUAAAUUAGGUAAUAUAAUGUUGGUGUAUGUGUCUUCCUGCCUAGCUGGCUUAGGUUAUCCAACAGGAAACCUACCAGAAUCAGAUAUUCCAAGAGUGAAGCAAGACAUACUCAGAUGCUUAGAAACAACUCAUUCAAUGAAUUGUUCACCGAAUGAACCGACCUAUCCAUAUUUGAGAGCACUUCUCAAGUACAACACUAGAGAGUGUUUGAAUGUUAUCGAAUUAGCAUUUACAGAGGUUGAGUUUUCAGGGGAAAUGGGACAUCUGCAGAGGCAGCGUCUUGUUCAAAUUUUGUUACAAAUUGUGACAUCAGGGGAAUUUUCCGAAAGUCAAGUGAUUAAUUUGGCCUGUUUUGUCUCAAGACUUGUAUCAUCAAAUAGUAUGAAUAUCAACGAGGAAAUGUUGGAAGCUACGGUGAAAUCUUUAACAAGAGUCAGAAACACUUUGUCAUUAAGGGACCACAGUGAAAGGGAACAAGCCUGGCUUGAUUUGUUGAAAGCCAACAAACUUGCCGGGUUCAAAGUCACCGAACUUCUAAGCUUAGCUCUGGAUUCGAAUUGUUACAAAGUUGCCGAAUAUUUAUACGAAAUUCAAAAGGAUUUUUCGAGAAUUUUAGAAUGUUAUCUGAAAGAUUCAGCAAGGAAACCUGAAGUAUUCAGCUACAUCCUCAACUACAUCACAGUGAGUGACAGAUGCAUAGAACAACAAUUUCUAGUGAAUUUCAAAGACUUGGUGCUAAUAAGUAGUAAACAUACAAGUGAUAUAGUCAUAGAAUAUUUUCCUCAUUUAGUAGAAGAAUUUUGUGCGAUGUUAGAUGACUACCCCGAUUUGCAAUAUAGUUUUCUACGCGAAAUUGUGGCGCGGGACAUUAAAUUAUCUCCCGCUAUCACGGAGAAGUAUUUGGAACAGAUGUGCAUAAGAAAUAAAAGUGAAGUGGUGAAUUAUCUCCAAGGCAGUUCUUGUCGAAAUAAAGUGGCUCUGGAAAUCACAAGGAAGUAUGAGGUGUAUGAGGCGACAGCUUUUCUUUUGGAACAGGAAGGUGAAUGGAUGGAGGCUCUGGAAUUGCUUAUAAAUCAUGAUAUGGUGGGAAAAGGUGUGAAUUUGUGUAUCCGAGGUGCCGAACAUUUGGAUUCUGAAGGUGCCCAAACUUUGUGGUUGACAUUACUCCAAAACAAGAGAACUUCAUCCAAAGUAUCUAUCAGGCAUUUACUACAAGCUGCAGCUCCACACAUUCCACCGACUCAAUUGCUCGAACUGAUUUCAAAUGCCAGCUUCGGUGAUGUUAAAGGGUUGCUACAAGGCAUGUUGAAGGAUGAUCAUCAUCUGCAUAUGCUGUCUACUACGAUGAAGAUACUAGGGAAUGAUUUGCAUUUUGGUUUGGUGAAAUCUUUAUCAUUACAUGGUAAAGGCACAUCUGUGUCGAACCUAACCUGUCUUCUGUGCCAGAAAUCGUUGAUGUUCAGAAAAGAACUAGAGACUGAUCAAUCCACCAUUGUUUGGAGUUGCGGCCAUUGUUAUCAUUUGUCUUGCAUCAAGGCAGCUGAAGCCAAUGAAGCCUGCCCACAAUGUAGGUUGAAAGCAAUACCAUUGCCAGUUAUGAAGAAGCCUGGGGUCGAUAGCUUUAAAACAUCAAAUUACAAAACUCAAUGUCGACCAGAUCUGGAGGGUCAUUUUUAAUUUAUUCUAGUCUGAUUUUAUAUAACAUGUAGGAAAUCUAUUCAGCGCGAACGGAAACAUUUAUGAUGUUCUCAUAAAUUGAUUCAUAAAUAUGUGAUAUUAUAUUUUUAUUAUUUAUACC